AUGUUGAAAAAACAUAAAUGUACUUUGAGCCUUGAUAUAGACAAGACAACUCAGAAAAAGAGAAGCAUACAGUACAACAUUGCUCAGUUGACUCGUAAAGCAUGUUUGAUCUCCCAGGAUCAUCCAAACACGUUUGACCAUUUCAGAAGCGAUACUGCAGUGACAGCAGAGCAGCAGCGGCAGCUGUUCGAGGGAGACAGCUAUGUCAUACACCCUUUAAGUCUCUUCAGUCUUUAUUGGGAUGGUGUGAUGACUGUUUUGAACGUAUUACACAUGUGCUGUUCCACCUUCCGCCUGUGCUUCGUCAUCGACUACCCGCACCCCCCACAACUCCACAAAACUGAUAUAUUUAUGCUGUUUCUACACCUGUUAGCUUUAUUGGAUACGAUUAUCAAAUUCAAUACUGGUUUCUUCCAAGAAUCCAUUCGUAAUGUGGUUAUGCUUAGAAAACAAAUUGCUUGCCGAUACCUCCGUUACAAAUUUUGGAUAGACUUUUUAUCGUGUGUGCCAUUACAAUUCAUAUUAUUGAUUACCGGAAACAGAAUAAGUCGCUUCCAUUUAUUAGCACACCUUCUUCCUCUCCUGAGAAUAGUAAAACUUAGAUCAACUAUAACAAAUUUACACACUGUCGUAAAGAUUUUCACGUUGUCAUUUAUCUGGCAUCGAUCAAUUCACCAUUUAGUGUUGUUUGCGGUGUCGAUGCAUUGGUCCAGCUGCUUCCUUUACACUCCUGUUGUAUUCACAUAUUAUUGGACUGGGAGUGUUCCUAAAGGUUAUAAUACAUUUUUGAAAUCGACCGACGCAGGUGCAGAUGGCGACAUAACUAAGUUUUCUAUCUGCCAGAAAUACCUUCAAGCAUUUUUUGUUUGUCUAUCCACCUUUUUUGGUACAGGGUUUUCUACGUACAAAGUUAACAAUGCCGACGAAUUUGUCAUUCAUUCUUGCAUUAUACUCUAUGCCUCAUUGUUUAUGGUUUAUACAAUAGUAUUCCUGUUGAAGAUUUACAUGACCCAAUAUAAUUCAACGAUGCGUUACAACGGUCUGAUUAACCAAGUAGAGGCAUACAUGCAGCAAAAACAAUUCCCUAAACCUUUGAAGGAACGAGUAUUCACUUUUUAUACUUACAAAUACGAAAAAAAAUAUUACAAAGAAGAUGCCGUAUUAGAUUGUCUCUCGGAGCAGCUCGGACACGAAAUCGUAAUGCACACCUGCAAUAGAUUUAUCCAGAAGGUAAAGCUGCUGAGGGGUUUGGCCGCCCACCUGAUGGGCGAACUGAUGAGCUACCUGAAACCCGAAGAGUACCUUGCCAGCGACCUCAUUGCUCGGGCAGGCGACAUUGGAGAUUGCGUUUAUUUUAUUGCCUACGGCACUGUUGCUGUUUAUUCCUUGAAAGGAGCAGAGAUAACGCAUUUAGAGGAUGGCGAUCACUUUGGCACGGUUGCAAUGCUGAUGAAGGACUCGAAGCGAAUCGCAACAAUUGUCGCCGUAGAGAUCACUCACUUAUAUCGAUUGGACGCCAUUUACUUCCGCCAGUACCUAAUGUCCAAUAAGAUCAUCCGGGAAAGAGUUGAGACUCAGGCUUCAAAGAGAAUGCAUGUGACAGUUUUGCUAGAUGAAGAGUUCCGUAGAAAACAAGAGAAGAAAUGGGAAGAUAAUAUUGUGUUUAGUCAUGAUUUUACUUAG